AUGUUAUUCAGAACUCGAAAACAAACUCCGUUCUGUUGUGGGAGUCACAUCACGCGAACGGCCAGUUGGCUGCCACCAGUUGAGAGUUGGCCGAGCAUCAGAAAUAGCAGUGGUCAGGAGGAUGAUGAAGAACUUCCGUAUGGGUGGGAGCAGGCAUCGGACAGCAGGGGCAAGCCGUAUUAUAUCAAUCACAUUAACAAAACUACUACGUACGUGGCUCCUGAGGGCUGCUCCUGCGAAUCUCCCCCCGCGCCCCGUGACGUGGUGCUCGAGAGGGAUCCAGAGCUUGGCUUUGGAUUUGUGGCCGGCUCCGAAAAACCAGUACUCGUCAGAUUCGUCACUGACAACUCGCCCAGUGUUGGGAAGCUAGAACCUGGCGAUCAAAUACUUUGCGUCAAUGGUGAAGAUGUCAGCCAUGCUGCAAGGGAACACGUUAUAUCAGCAGUACGAGCCUGUACUGAAAAAGUCACACUAAGGGUCUGCCAGCCCGCAAGGACCGGGAAUCAUGCCAGGAGGUCCGCCCUAUUAUCCGCUGCCAAACGCGCCCGGUUACGUGCGAAACCCCCGAGGGUGCGAUUCGCCGACUCAGUGCAGCUAAAUGGAGCACCUAUGUACCCUCCUUCGGCCUUUUCUCUGGGCGAUCUCUGUCUCCCACCAAUGGCGAACGUCCUCAAAGUCUUCCUGGAGAACGGUCAAACAAAGUCGUUUAAAUACGAUGCCACGACCAGUGUUGCGGAUGUCGUGAGCAGCCUCAAGGACAAGCUUUGCAUUACUGCUGAUGAGCACUUCAGCCUGGUGGUGGAACACGUCAAGAGCAUCAGAAGAAAUAAGCUGACUCUUUUGGAUCCCAAGGAGUCUUUAGCUAGGAUCGCAGCGAAACCAGGCUCGCAUAAAAUGCGAUGCCUGUACCGCGUGGUGUUUGUACCGAAUUCCGCUGCAGAGUUGGCCCAGCGGGACUUAGCGGCGCUAGACUACUUGUACCUGCAGUGCUGCAACGACGUAGCGCAGGAGCGCUUCGCGCCUGAACUCCAGCCGGAAGUGGCGCUUCGAUUGGCUGCCCUGCAUAUGCACCAGCAUGCCCUAGCCAAUAAUCUUUCACCAACCAAACUCACUGUUAAGGCUGUAGAGCGAGAGUUUGGUCUAGAACGCUUUGUACCGAGCGGCCUCCUAGAAAGCAUGAAGCGGAAAGAACUGCGGCGAAUUAUAGCUCACUUCCUCAAGCUCAACGCACAAAUGACCGGGAGCCAGCGUCAGCUCACACAACUGCAGGCAAAACUCCACUACUUGGACAUAGUCGCAAGCCUUCCAAGCUACGGUGCGAAAUGCUUCAGCAGCAGUCGCCCUGAACGCGUGUUGCUUGUGUCACCGCGCUUCGGACUCAGUCAGAUCGUUGGCAGAAAUAACUCUGUGCCUCAAUCAAUAGCAUCUCUGGAAGAAGUGGAGGGCAUCAGAGUGAAACGUGAAUAUUCUGGAAGUGCGGAUGUAGCAAUAUUCCUGCAAAGGGAUCGUGUCCUCGCGCUGCUUAUGGAUGAGCGGGACGCUACAGAGAUGCCUUUGGUUAUUGCUGGAUAUUAUCGCCUAGCGACUGGCAAAGAGCUUAAUGUAGAACUAGAGAGAGAACCUAUAACUGAAGAUAUAGCUCCACCUUACCUAUCACAACACAACGUUGUACCGGCAAAAUGGAGCUAUCUACAUUAUGAUGAUCCUGUAGAAUUCUCUAAGAAACAUUUCGCAAUAUUUAGUAUGCCACCACCGUACCAUUCUACACGAGAGCAAUCGAAAACUAAUUUAGACACAAAUAUGAACUCCAGUAUCGCAAAUCGUUACCACAGUAAUAAUUCGAGCCCAUUAAUAGGAUACGAUUCCAAGCCUGGUCUGCUAGGACAUGACGUACACUUCGAAAAGUGCAGAAGAAGCGAAGACUUCAGACUAUUUGAUCCGAAUGAGACUUGUUAUUUGGACGACGGCAUGGGUUUCGAUCUUCAAAGUGUUCUGUCGAUGGAACUUCUGGAAAAUGCUGCCAAUAACCCAAAGUUAGUGGAAGCUAAGAACGAGGAAGUGUUACGAAGAGUUGCAGAGAUGCAAAAGCUUGUAGAAAACUCUGAACAAUAUUUGACUGAAAAUUGUGAUGUUUAUAAUGAGAACGGUUAUAAUAAUGGCAUUCUAAGGGAUGAGCUAGUAGGUAGAGAGACAUGUGUGGACCAGUUAGAGAGUGAUACGGAAUCAAUUGCAAGUAGAAUGUCAGCAGCGGAUGAUGCUCCUGGUAUAUUAAAACACAGUGACUCAUUGUUGUUAUUGACAGAAACUAUUAACCAAGGCUUAAAUGGUUUGACAGUAACAGAACCAGAAAAAGAGGCUUCUAGUGAUUUAACGAGAAGACAGUCUCAAGGGCUUAGUGCUAUACUUAAUAACUGUGGCCUCACAGAUGCUUUAUUAGCUCUAAAUAACGACGUUUGUCAAUCUGAAAGUGAUAAUGAAUCGUUAUAUACACCAACAAAUAGUCCAAUUCGUAAACAUCAAAACAAACCGACUAAUAAAGUUGUUAGAACAAGUUUUGGCUUACACAGUCCAAAUGGUACUCUAGACAAUAAAGAAUCUAAUUUAAAAGAGUAUCUAAAACAAUUACGAGAGAAAAGUAGUAAAGAAAACUCAGUGAGUGCUGAGUUUCCAUUUUACUAUCAAGAAAGUAUAGUUGAUAAUGAUGCUGAGCUUAUAGAUUUAACUUUAAUACCUCCCCCACAAACUCCCGAUGAAUUAGACUGUGCUACGCAAGUGCCUCAAAUUUUACCGGUUGUACCCCCUUCGUUUGCCGACGAUAAGGAAAGUACAGUGGAUAACAUGCCUGAAACCAAUGACGAUGACCUAGAAGAAUUUAUUGCAACCGUUACUGUUCAACCACCCACAGUGAAAGUAACACCUGCUAUCGAGCUUACGCCCGAAGAAAUCAUGUCUUACAUCAUUCCACCGCCACCGGCCUCAAACUCAUCAACAUUAGAUAGAGAUAAUAACAGUUAUGUCAAUCAAACUCAACUUCCGCAGCAAAAAUCUGAGCAAGUAAUUUCAAACGAUGUCAAAGCUAGCAACGGUGACGUGGUCAAAGGAACAUUAAGUGUGAGUGAAAUAAGAAAUAUGUUUGCAGCGAAAACACUAAGUGAGGCAAGAAAUAGUCUUCUGUUAAAAGAUAAAAAUAAAACUCAAGUUCAGUCCAAAACAGAUUCCCCGAAAGGAAAAAGAAAAAGUGUUACAGGAGAGAAACAAGCAAAUGGCAACGCGCAUAUUAUAGAAUACCCAACAGUUGAGAGGAAAGGUAUGUUUUCGUGUUGUAGCAAAGAUAAAAAUAAAAGUGAUGAUAGCUCUGAAGAAACAGAUAAAGUAGAUGGUGACGUAGAAAAUUCAGAUACUAUGCCUGAUGUUUGUGAAAUAAGACCACCUCCCCGAAGAAAAAGCAUUGAACCAAAAAAACCUCCUGAAAGACCCCCAAAAACACCACCAACACCAGCACCCAGACCUAGGUCCAAUUCCUUUACGUGUACAAACAAUGAGUUAAGUGCUGUAGAAAUAACAAGCAAUCAUUUCAGCACACUAAAUAAUAGGAAGUUAAAUUACAAAGUAGUCUGCGAUAUAAAUGAGAAAAAUGCACAACAACCACCUCAAAUACCACCACGAAUAGAGAAUAAGAUAUUGUCACCUCCUCCACCUUUACUAUUACCCCCUAAAAAACCUCCCUUACCUCCAGUGCCGAGCAUAGAAGUUUUAAGAAUAAAAAAUUCACAGAAACAAUCUCCGGUUCGCAACACAGAGCAGCGUCUUGCUAGUAUCGGAUCUCCGCACUUUCACCGGAAUUUGAGCACGUAUCGAAACCUUGAAAACGAAAGCAGAUUGGCAGACGAUGAUUCCAGUAUUAGAUCUACACCAAGUUACAGUUCACUAACGUUACAGAAUCGCCAUGUGCGAUCGAAUUCUGAAACCAAAACUACUAUAUUGAAGAACAAAGAAAUGUCAACUGCAUUGUCAUUAUGUUCUCCUCAAAUGAAUCGAAGGUUCAGUAAUCGGCCUGACUUAUUAAACGGUGCUCCAGGCAGUGAUCAGAAAAUAUUUAGUCCACCUCUCUCAGAAAGAAAAUCUUUUCGAUUGGACACUGCAAGUCCGACGCCCAAAACGCAAAACCACGUACGAUUCAAAGAGGACGUAGUUGAUGAUAUACCUACACCACCUUCUCCCCCCACAGUAAAAUUUCCAGAGUUUCAAGCGGGAAACAACGGACAUGUUUCCAUCGAGAAUCUUCUAUGUAAGACCGAGAUAGCAGUAGAUGGCCUCUUGCAACGGUUACAUCAAGUUGCUCAGAAAUGUUCGCACCAGCACUCGCAUGGCGGAGGUGAAGACAUUGAUGAAGUUAAAUUUCAGCGCGCGCGCAACGAGCUGACGUCGUGCGCGGUGUCGCUGGUGGGCACGUCGCGUGCGCUGGUGGGCGCGCUGGGCGGCGCGGGAGGCGCGGCGGGCGCGGGAGGCGCUGCCACCGCGCUCGCAGAUUGCCUGGCGCCAUUGCGCCGCCUAGCCGACCUUGCACAGGCACUAGGUAGGCAUACAUCUUCACCGUUACAAACAAGGAACCUAGUGCUUCGAGUGCACGAUGUAACCGCAGCCUUUAAGGAUCUAGCUGGCGCUGAAAUGGCACAAAUAAUCCACGAGCACAGCGUGAAAAACCAGAGUCAAGGACAAGACUCCAACUCAACCCUCGAAGGACAGUUGGCUCUAAGAGCUGAAUGUUUGGCGAAUGUACUUGCAACUUUAUUGCGAAGUUUGAGAGUGUUUUCACCUUAA